CUCCUCCCGCGUGGUGGCGACAGAAGCUAACUCGGGUUUGUUCGUGUUGUUUCCUGAAAAUUCCCACUUUUUUUGACGUUUUUUCUCUUGUUAUCCAGAAUCUGGAAACGUCAGCCUGUUAGCAUCAAGACUUCUCUGCAGAUGUCAAUGAUGUGGACAGUGAAGGUGGUCGGCCUGGGCGUGGUGGCUCUCUCUCUCAGUCUGGAGCUGCUUGGCUGGCUCUUCUGUCGCCGCCAGCCAGAAAGAACCCUCCAUGAAGUCCUCUUCUUCCCCUCGAAGGUGGCUUGUGUGGAGCACAUCUUCACUCCUGCUUCAACUCAUCCCUGUCUUUGCUCAUUGCCUCACGGUGUAGAGACCUCUUUUUCCCGAUUUCUCCGCCACCUCCUGUCUGCCACCUCCUCUCUGGACUUGUGUGUUUUUGCCUUUUCCCACAUGGCCCUGAGUAGGGCUGUACUGACGCUGCAUAGCAGGGGUGUAGCCGUCCGAGUCAUUGCUGACAAAGAUUACGCUGCCAUCACCGGCUCCCAGAUAGGAGUCCUCCGCAAGGCUGGGAUCUGUGUGCGCUGUGACGUGGGCUCCGUGUGCAUGCAUCACAAGUUUGCGGUGGUGGACGGCCGGCUGCUCAUCACCGGCUCCCUCAACUGGACGCUGACAGCAGUGCAGAGCAACAUGGAGAACGUCCUCGUCACCGAAGAGACAGAGCUGGUGCAACCCUUCAUCAAGGAGUUCCACAGGUUAUGGGAGUUCAAUGAUCCGGCCCGAUACCUUCACUCAAGUGACCAAAAAACCUAACCAGGAUGAGUCAGAGUUCAUGAAGCUUUGAGGUAGAAGACAUAUGUGUGUUGUCUGUUCAGUCAGCUGCCACAAAUUGACUCCAGGAUGGAUGUUUUGUUGAUAUCAAGAUUCUGUGUUAAGUUUUUCUCAUGCAAGACUUACUGUAGAAGACAAUACGAGGCUUAAGACUUUUUUUUUUAACGUUUCUGACAACUAUAGCAUGCUCGUGUGAUUCAUAAGGUCAAGUCUAAAGCCAAGAAUUCUUAUUUAUUACUAAUUUUAUUGGUUAUUGCUUUAUUUUCUCAAAAACAAUGCCUCUGAAGCGCUAUGUGUUAGAUUAGUCUGAGGUAGUAGUGCUGUGUUUCACAGCCAGGCAGACAUUAACAUGUAUACAACAUAGAUCUGAUCCCCAUCUCAACAGAAAUCCUGUGUUUCUGAAUGUGAAGUAAAUGAUGUUCAUGUUUUGCUAGGUAAGAACAUUUCUUAAUUUGUUAUGUUCAGGUUUAUGUGUUUUAUGGUUUCUCACAGGUUGACAGAAGUUGCACUUCUAAGGGAUCUCCAGUUGGAUGAUCAAACUGAUAUUUUUUCUUUUACAAUAAUCUGACAUUUAAGGGGAAUAGAUAUAAUACAGUUGAAGAAUGUGAUUAAUUCCUUUAUUAAAUGUACCUUAUUUACAGUGUUAAACUGGCUGUUUAAAUCCAGUAUAUUGUUUAUUGUGUGCAGUCUCAGUGGCAUUAUUUUGCUGAGCACAAAUAAAAACCCUCUUCCUCUGCA